UUCGUUCCUGCGUGAAGACGUCACCGUAGCCAGCUAAACGCUCGAGGUCCACUUCGGACUCCUCUAAAAUGGCGCCUCUGUUCUAAACAAAGAAUCGGCGACAGCCCAGCCUUCCGCUUCACAAGUGCAGGAUUGUUGUUAAUUCAAUGCAGAGGCUCAUUUGAUAGCGGCGUAACCGACUGAUUCUCUUGAAGUGUCUAAGAAAAAAAAAACGCGAUGGAAGGAAACAUAGGCCCGAUGACGUGCUCGCUAGAAGCAGGAAACAUAUUAACUAAACCAAUUGGUUAUAUUGAAUCUUGCUUCAACACAAAAAAUGGCACACCCAGGCAGCCAUCUGUUUGCAGUUUGUCACGUGCCUGCUUAAGGAUAAGCAAGAGUGUCUUCAACAACCCUGAACAUUCAGUUAUGGGCUUAGAGGAAUUCUCUCAUGUAUGGAUUUUGUUUGUCUUUCAUAAAAAUGGACGUUUGAGUUUCAAAGCAAAAGUAAAACCACCAAGACUGAAUGGUGCAAAAACAGGAGUGUUUUCUACAAGAAGUCCUCAUCGCCCAAAUGCAAUAGGACUAACUCUCGCCAGGCUGGAAAAAGUCGAAGGCGGAACACUAUAUUUGUCUGGAAUUGAUAUGAUAGAAGGGACUCCGGUUCUUGACAUUAAGCCACAUAUUUCAGAGUAUGACUCCCCCAAAGCUACUGUCCUCUUUCCAGAAGAUCUAGAAGGAAAAGACAGAAAACAUAAUGCUGGGACUGAUAAGUUGGAAACCACCUUUACAGCUAUUGGAAACCCUCAAGCCAUAUCUCAAGAGCUACCAAAUGAAAAAUACCCUAACCCGGAAAGAGAACCUGACACAUGUAUGAGUGAAAUGCCAAUCAUUCCUGCAGAGACACCAGAAGAGAUUAAAAAUGGCAAGGAUUUUGAAAUAACAAGUGCAUCAUCAUCUCUUGUUAUAGAACACCAAAAUACAUGCAAUGGAGAUGUUCCCAGCCAAUUUGCAGAUUAUCUGACUGUAGCAAAACAGGGGCCAGAAGAUAGACAUCAGUGUGAUGAUGGUGAUCCCAGUCAACCACUAGAUUAUCUGACUGUAGCAGACAAGAUGCAUGAAUUGACUAGGAAAGGUGUCACAGAAAGACCUGAAAACAGAAACCCAUGUAACCCUGAUGACACCUUUGUUCCAACGUGGAUAAAAGACGCACCUGUGGCCAAUUUAAAGGUCAGGUUCACUCCCCACUCUGAAAUGGAGCUGAGACAUUUUAAACAGUGUUGUGAUUCAGGUGGACCAUCAUUCCGUUACUUUAAGUCUUUUGAUGAAGCCAAAUAUGCGAUUUCUACUGUGUUGUCUGCAGAUCCACGCUCCGUGUACAGAAGAAAGCAGUGUCAGGACCGUUUGUUUUAUUUUAGCCUUGACACUAUUCACAUCACUUGCUGGUUUGGUGAUGGAUUUGCUGAAGUACUUAGAAUACAGCCUCAUAAAGCACACGCUGAAUGUUCCAAAUGAUGACCAA